UGGCACCCGUAGGUUUUCGGCAAAGUCAGACGUGUAUCUAAGCGUCGACCAGGAAGUUUGCUACCAAACAGCUAGAAGAUGAACAGUCCUGUGAGCCUUCGCUUGAUCCCAGCGUGUUCGUCUGAGACACUUAACUAAAUGAAUUCAAACGAGGAUGUCAUCCGACGUAACGUUAGACUUCGGAAAUCACCAACAAUAUUCUGUGAUGGAUAGUGACAACGGGAUCAUCUCCAUCGACCAGGGAGGAGAGUGGGACAUCAGCCUGUUUGAUGAGCUGGACAACCUGGGAGAUGCAGAUGAGCUGCUUGAGGCCCUGCAGAAUAGUGGCUAUGCCAGUGAGGGUCCAGACCUGGACUUUGAUAUCGACAUACCGUUGUGGAAUGAAGUGGACACAAGCAGCACCUGCACAGAUGGUGAGGUGAGCAUGGACUCUCUGUCACCUGCCCACACUCUGAGCUCACUCCCUUCUCCGGCCUCUGUGGAAACCCUGUCCCCAUACUCCUUAGAUGAGGCCCUGUCUCCACUGUCGCAGCUCUCUCCUGUUUCGGUCCACUCAGAGUCCAGCAGCUCUUCUGUAAUAUCUGCUCCAGCUAAGAAAUCUUCGAAGAGGACCAGUCAGACCACACGAGCCAAACAAGCUCAGCCAAUCAAGAGGCCGAUUCAGAUUGGCCCGAAGGUUUCCAUCCAGCCGAAGCCGCUGAUUACAGCUGUGCCCUUGGCUCAUGCAGCAGCUCCCCUGCAGGCCAAGACAAUCAUCAUCCAGCCCCUGCAGACCAAUGUGCUGCCUGUGGUCAAACCAACUCCGGUCAACAUCCAACCAGCGCCCCCUCCAGGAUGUCCCGUAGUGCUGUCUCAGCCGGGCCAGGUGCUGCGGAUUCAGACACCACAGGCCGUCACCGGCAAUGUGGUCGCCAUGCCAUCGCUCAGACAGGACAGGCCCGUCCCAGUCGCUGCUCCUCCAGUGGUCUCUGUCACACUUCGAAGCCCUUCGUCAGAUGAUGAUUCAAAGUUGUCCCAGAGGCAGCAGCGCAUGAUAAAGAACCGCGAAUCAGCAUCCAUGUCUCGGAAAAAGAAGAAAGAGUAUCUGCUCUCGCUGGAAGCCCGCCUGAAAGUGGCGUUGUCUGAGAAUGAGGUGCUCAAGUGUGAGAAUGGCAACCUCAAGAGGCAGCUGGAGGGCCUGCUGAGUGAGAACACAGUACUAAAUGCAACGGCCCCCAAGAGGAGAGCUGUGUGUCUCAUGGUACUGUUGGUGUUCCUCGUGCUUAACGUCGGACCAAUGAGACUGUUUCAGGGUGGCUCCAAGCAUGAUGCUUUUUCCGCUCAGCACAGUGGGAGACACCUGUUGGAUUUCUCCCCAGAGGCAGAAACUGAGGUCGUGAUGGGCCCCGAUCCCCACCGUAGUGGCUCCUCUGAGAUUGCAGACAGUUCUGAGGAUAAGGCCCUGAUGGUGGUGAAGGAUCCUAUCUUCCUCAGACCACCUCCCCCCUGCCAGCCUCCUGUUAACAGGACCAAGUGCUUAGAGUUGACUCAUGAGUUGAGGGGUUGGGUCCACCGUCAUGAAGUGCAGCUGACCAAAUCCAGGCGAGUGAGUAAUAGCAAUCACAAGCCCACCAGGACCAUUCUGAAAACAGAGAAUAAGGAGGCAGAAAGAGCCCAGAUUGUGACCGUCCAUUACUCUGAAACUACUGAGGAAAAGAAUCCUGGCAAUGAGCUGCAGAUAUACUAUGCACCUCAUAACACCUAUAGUGACUUUUUCGAUGAGAUCAAUCGCCGUGGCGACACUUUCUACGUGGUGUCUUUCCGCAGGGAUCAUCUUCUGCUUCCCGCCACCAACCACAACAAAGGAAGUCGACCCAAGAUGUCUGUGGUGUUGCCAGCCAUGAACAUAAAUGACAGCAUCAUAAGGGACAAGCAAUAUGAGGUGAUGAUGCAGAUUGACUGCGAAGUAACUGACACCAGGAUCCUCCACAUCAGGUCUUCCACCAUCCCACCUUUGCUCCGGGUCAACCAUACGGACACGUUUUACCAGAACUCCCCGACCGACAGCCAGGCCGUGCCUCCUGUCGGCGUCCUAAUGGGGUCGUCUUAAGAUCACCAGCAGCACCUGUAAUAUUUUAUAACUCCUUAGCGAAACCCAUGAAUACAAAACAGAACAAAACACCUCAGUUAACUCUUCUUUUUUUUUUUUUUGCAUGUUGACGUCUAUUUGAAAUCUGGUGUGCUCCCGCUGACUUCAUGAUUGAGAUUUAGAUUUGAAUGAAAUCCAGUCAUUACAAUACAUAGGUAGCUCAAAUUGUCAGCACCAGUCAGCCACAUUCUUUAUUAGGGCUGAUAUCCGGUGGUAGUCUGUAACAGGGUCCGAGGAGAAUGCUAGCUCCUUGUGUGGCAACCUUGACUUUUCCCUGUAACCCCAGACGCCCCGCAUAAGAGUAAUUGCUUAGCGGCAGGGGGCAGAGCAUUGAACCCUGAGUCACCCCGUCAUAACACAAAUACUUUUACCCCAGCUCUCCUCAAGUCUGCUCCUUCUUUUGUGGCUCUUAAUUCUGGGACAAGCUGCAAAGCCAGAGGAGAAAACAGAAAAUGAUUACACAUCUAAGAUUAAUCUCACAGGGAACUUGCCUAAUUAAAGACAGAUAAAUACAUUUUGGAUUUCAAUGUGUUUAGGAGCACAACAAAUUCUGUGUUUGUAUCUUAGCUACAAAAUGGAGUGCUGAAGUCAUCUCUUGUACUCAUUUGUAGUCUCUUAAAUUAAGCUAAUUUUAUUCACAAAGAAGUAAGAGAUGCCAGAUUGAUUACAUGCAGCAAUCGAGGCAUACAGUAAACUCAGGAAGUCAGGUGAUCUGUGAAAGCUAGCAGGCUAACCACUGUUGUUGGCUGGAUUCCAUUAAUUUAAGGAUUUCAGGUGCUCUGUUUUAAGCAUCGUAUUGAUGAAGAAAUUCAGUUCUUAAUUUUUCGGUCUUUGCACUGUGCUUCUCUGAUGAACAGAUUCAGAUACUUUACAUUUUUAUUUGUAUUAUUGUGUAACAGUAAUGCCAAAUCCUGUGGUGUGAUGCAAGUCACUUAUUUCAGCUGUCAAAGCAUUCUUCUGUCCAGAUUUACUGUCUGGUUAAGCUUUGCAGGAUUUUUUUUUCAAUUGACUACAGAAAACUAAAUGAUAUUGUAUAUACAAUAAUAUAUUUUGGAUUGGAAGGAAACAUUGUAAAAAUGUACCUUCAUCAAAUUUGAAACCCCUGUUUAAACAGCUGAGCUAAAGAGGUUGAUGUUUGACAUGUAACCACUGGUAUAAAAAAACAAAACUCCUGACUUCUCAGUCCACUGGCAAAUUGCACUUAAGUGCACCUAAGCUUGCAUUUAAAUUGCAGCCUAUUGGACUUUUUUAUUUUUUUUUAAACUGUGUGAUAGAGUUGUAUUAUCUGAUAGUUUUAGUACAAAUUACAAAAAAAUGCACUAUAAAUGCAGAACCUGGGAAGUUCAGUUCUGGCUUUAAAUGCCCUAUAUUAAUGUGUCUGUAACCUCGUUUUUGCUACCUAUAACAGAAUAAAAUUGAUAUUAAAUAAGAAAUUAUACAUCAGAAUUAGCUCAUAGUUUUUGUAUAUGUUGAUAAAACAACAUACUUCUGUAUCUGAAAGUACUUUUCUUUUAGCUAAAUGAUUGUACAGAUGGUUAUGGUGUAGCUCUAUAGAUGCCCAUAAAAAAUGUUCAGAAAAAAACAUGCAGUUUUCUUUUCUUAAGCCAGGCUCUCUGUGUAAUUUUUCCCUUUUGGUUUUAAGAAUAUUUGAUUCACCACAGUGUUUUCACUGCAUCCCAGUACUUACAGUUGGGACAAGGCAAGAGUACAAUUAAAAACUUGUGUCAAGUGUUGUUUGUUUGUAUUCUACUAUGUGCGUAAACCAAAAUAAACACUGGAUUUUCUCUAACUAUA